GAAUCUUCUCCAAGUUACACCUCAUACCCAGAUAUAAUAUACAUAUACAUAUAUAUAUAUAUGUUAUUCCUAGUUCACUAAAAAAAAAUUAUGCGUUAUACCCAGAUAAUUCAUUCUUAAUUAUAUGUGGUUUUAUAUAUACAAACACCAUACAAUAUUCUGUCUACGUAUAUACACACAUAUAUAACUUUUUCUGGAUUUGUUUUUGUGUGGUUACAUAUAUGUCGUGGGUGUAUAUAUAGACAUAAACAUAUAGAAAGAGAGAGACUAAUGAAUGUACAGUUUGAAUUUUUAAGUUGGUGAAAAAUUUCAGAGAGGAGAAAGUGAAGGGAAUCACACAUGGGAAGUAAAACAUGGAUUAUGACGACGAUGAAGGAGGUGAAGAAGGUGAGCGGAGUAGCAGGUCCUAUGGUUGCAGUCAUGGUGAUUCAGAGCCUCUCCCAAGUGGUUUCGUUAAUGAUGGUCGGCCAUCUCGAUGCUCUCUCCCUCGCCGGAGCUUCCAUAGCCACCUCCUUCACCAACGUCACCGGCUUCGCUUUUCUACUCGGCAUGGCCUGUGCGCUAGAAACUCUCUGCGGACAAGCCUACGGAGCCGAACAAUACGAGAAGCUCGGAAUUUACACUUACGGCGGAAUCACGUGUCUCAUCGUACUUUGCUUUCCGAUAUGUCUGAUCUGGACAUUCACCGACAAGAUACUGAUGCUCGUCGGCCAAGACCGGGAAAUCUCCAUCGCGGCUCGGAACUUCUCGGUGUGUCUGAUUCCGAAACUAUUUGCAUACGCGGUGUUGCAGCCACUGAUUAGAUUUUUUCAGACGCAGAGUUUGGUUCUGCCAUUGUUGGUCUCCUCUUUUGCGACGUUGUGCUUUCAGGUGCCACUGAGUUGGGUGAUGGUAUUUAAAUUUGAGUUGAAAAGCAUGGGAGCAGCGUUGGCGUUGGGAAUUUCUUUUUGGUUUUACGUCUUCUUGUUGAGUUUUUAUAUCAUCUUUUCUUCAAAAUGCCAAAAGACACGCGGUGCAACAUUUUCGAGAGAUUUUCUCCAGAGAAUCUGGGAAUUCUUUCGUCUAGCUGUUCCUUCUGCUGCAAUGGUCUGUCUCGAAUGGUGGUCAUCUGAGGUUCUGAUUUUGCUAUCUGGAAUUUUACCAAAUCCCAGGAUUGAGACAUCUGUUCUUUCUAUAUGUACUAGAGUUUCUAACGAGCUAGGAGCGGGCAAUCCAAAGGCGGCUAAGAUUGCCGUCGUAGCCAUAUUAGUUCUUGCAGUAACAGAGGUUGUCAUUGUAGCGGCGGUUUUGUUCUUUUUCCGGCAUAUUUUGGGAUAUGUAUUCAGCAACGAAAAGGAUAUUGUGAAUCAUGUGUCGGAUUUGGGUCCUUUUAUGUGUCUGUUAAUGACUGUGGACUGCUUACAAGCUGUUUUUUCAGGAGUUGCAAGAGGGAGUGGAUGGCAGAAGAUUGGAGCGUAUGUAAACCUAGGAGCAUUUUAUCUUGUUGGAAUUCCGCUGGGUGCGGUGUUAGCUUUUGUUCUGCAUCUCAAAGCCAAAGGCCUUAUGAUUGGCUUCAUCAUGGGCACUUUUGUACAGGCCACUCUGCUUGUUCUCACUACACUUUUCACCGAUUGGCAAAAGCAGGCAUCAAAAGCUAGAGAGAGGAUGUUUCAAUCAAACGACGUCGUAGUUUAACUUCCACAAGCCAAGCCAUAAUUUUUUCGUGGCAUUAUUGAAUUUUCCAAUUCUUCCUUCACAUUAUAAUGUAAUCAAUCAAGUGAUAUUACACCCUUAAAUCAAGUGUGUAAUAUUAGUUGAUGAAAAAAAAAAAAAAAACAUAGCUUUGGGAAAACAAAUCAUCACAGCAAAAAUAUAUUGAUUCUAUAAUUUUUCAAACGGAGAAUAGACAGUUGGUUAUUAAUUUUGUCAAAAUAAUGUUAGA